AUUUAUCGGAUGCCACAAACCAGAUUCAAUAAAAUGUGGUGCUCCCUAUAUGCCUCAUCAUGCCAUGGUGGAAGAUCUCCAAUUGAAUUACGACUUUGGCGACCUUGUGAAUGUGACGUGUAAUACCAGUGAUGCUUUCUUCCCCCUUCAAUGUCAUAACAAAGGAUUGUGGAGCGGACCGGUUGCGUCUUGUCCCGAACCAACGAGUGCUCCUGCUCCAUCAGUUGACUCCUGCACUGCCCCAGCAGUGCCAAUUGAUUCAACCAUUCAGAAUCUUCGUCUCUCAUACAAAGACGGUGACAGGAUGAACGUGACAUGUAACGAGGGCCCUGAGUGGUUCGGCGUGACAUGUGAGGAUGGAAUAUGGACAGGCCAAAACAUAGUGUGCCCCGUCCCUGCCAUAGAAUGCAAUCAACCAAUCAUCUCUGUCGACGCAUACAUUGGAAAUGUUAAGCCUCGCUACAAGAAUGGUGACGAAGUGAACAUCACAUGUAACGACGAUUCUGUUUCUUUAAUUUGGGAAUGUCAACGAGAUGGCUUGUGGCGUGGGCCUCCCUUUGAAUGCUCUCGUACUAAUCCAUCACCUGAAGGGCAACAACCUUCAUCCCCGGGGCGCUUUACCAGACCGAAUAUUGACCAUGAUGGAAGGGAUUACUUUAUCACCGGUCUUCUGGUCACAGCUGUCAUCUUAUUCAUCCUUGUUCUGAUGUGUAUGGCUGUGUUUGUUAUCUUCAUGAGAAAUCGUGGAUACGAUUUGGUAACAUCAUCGAAAGACGCUCUUCAAGAUGAGAAUGGAUCCAGAGGACCUCUUCCAGACGUUCCUGAAGGAUAUGCUAACUACGUUGCUGGUGAACAGUCACUCUAUGUCGAACCAUAUCUCAAACAAAAUGGAGAUCACAUUCCAGCCUAUGAAGUCUACGAAAAACCAGUUUGAUUACUUUAUCCUCGACAAUGUAAACAGCUAAUCACUAUCAGUGUUAGAUUCAGCUUGCUUUUCCCUUUUUUGUACCAAUCAUGUUAAUAUUUGUUUUUGUUUAGUUGUAAACAAUGUUCAGUUGAACAUGGAACAUGCGCCUUCGCCUUAUAAUCUUUGUAUUGAAUUUCAGUUGUUACAAUGUUAAUGUUCUUUUAUCGUCAAAUGUAUGAAGUUCUUACACGCAGUUAUUCCCUUCUACUUACUAAAUUAUACAUAUAUUCAAUAUAUGGAAAUAGCAAACAAUUCCUCUCCUACCCGAUAAUGCAUUAAUUCGUCGCUGUUUUCACAAAGUGACGGUAGUGAAAAAAAAUUGCAUUCACUUUGCGUUAAGAUUUUCCUCACUACCGUCACUUCGUGAAAACAAGGACGAAUUAUUGUCUUAAAUUCACCACUGAUUUGUGUUACAAUAAAAUGUAUGUUUAUUAGCGUUCUUGUUUAUUUUAUUUCUACAUAUUUCAAGUAAGAAUAGGAAAAACACAAUUUUUUCUCGCGUACCAAAUGAUAAAUAUUGAGAUUAAUUUAAGACGAGGUUAAACCUUUAUCGCUUUACAUACAAUAGAUAUCAAAUUUGUACAGUAUGAUUCUACAUGUAUUUGUUCACAAUGUGAAUACUUUUCUGUCUUCAACUUACAUGUCCAGGUUAUUAUCAAAGUGUACGAUAUUCAGCUCAUUGAUUAAUUUAAUACACAUGUAAUUCAUUAAUACCCAAAGAGAUAUCUGCAAUGAAAAUAAACAAAACAAAACAAAACUUAGGUCUAAUACUUUCAUUACUUUAAAUCAUUUUUUUUGUCGAAUUCAAUUUCGAUUUCAAUUUUCAUUUAAGUCCGUUCAUCUAGCUAUAAAUUGUUUAACUUUCACUAAGAAAAAAAUGAAUGUUUUUUUACCGCCAUUGUAAAUUUGAUGCGUUCUUUGUUUUUCGUAAAACAAGAAUUGUAGGCCUGGUUGAAAUAACGCUUUUGUUAAUUUGUGUGAAAUAAAAGCUUUAAUAUGUCAUAUUCUCAAGAAAAAUAAAUACAUACAAAUAGAUUGUUCACAUGCUUGUUUUUUUAAGCGUCAUUAGCGUAUUGUUAACAUCAUGGAAUUGUACCCCUAUCAGUUAUAACCUAAUAUUAAGAAGAAUAAGUGUUGUCCCUGUAUUUUUUAUGUUGAUUUUUAUGUAAAUAAAUGUCAAUCAAGCUUGACAAAAGAUGUGCUAUUAUAAGGAGGUGACAAAUUAAAUAUGACUGUAUACAUAUCCGGAAUCGAUUGGAAACAAUUUUGUGGACAAAACUACCUUGCAUUUUUUUCUUCUGACUCGUUAAAUAUGAAAGCAUACAUACAUCAUAUAACAAUGACGAUGAAGGUGGUGAUAAGGAUAAUAAUAAUGAUGAUGAUAAUGAAACUAAAUAAUGUUAAUGAUGAUGGUAAUCAUAAUAAAAAUAAUGAUAAUAAUUAUGAUAAUGAUACUAAUACUUUUAAUGACGAUGGUAAUUUUAAUAGCAAUAGUGAUAAUACAAAUAAUUAAAAAGCGUAGAUCACAAUGCCCUCAUUUGUAUAACGUUGUAUAUAAUCAAACGCAGUUCGUUCAUAAAUGGUUUAUUUAAUAUACAGGGAAAACAGGAAUUCUAAAAAUCAUGAAAAGAAUGGUGAUAUUAAUUAUAACAAUAAUGAUAAAUUAUAAUAAUACACACUGUUACUAAUUUAAAUGAGCAUUAUAAAAACAAUUAUAAUAAUAGUAAUACAAGUUAUAAUAAUAAUACAAGUAAUAAUAUUAAUAAUACAAAUAAUGAUAAUACGAAUAGGAAGAAUUGAAGAGGAUUAAGAACAUUUAAUAAGAAAGUGGUGUAUCUAAAGAUUUUCGGCUUUUUAUUCGUAACACCUAUAUAUUAUAAUCUAUACUCAGACUUGCACUUCAUAUGCUACAACGGAAAUGCUGUAAUAUAAUAUUGUGUUAUGAAUCUACAGAGUACGGUAUGAAAAUAAAUUACUUACAUUAGCA